AUGAGUGGGUUCGCAACUGGGUCUUCUGGGUCCGAGGGGACUGAGGCUGGAAAGCCGACACCAUCUACCGCUGGUGAUGUGAGCGCACUCAUGAACCUCGAGAGCGACAGUGCGGAAAACAGCCCGGUGAAGGGUAAAGCCGGGAAGAAGACCAAUCCUCUGCAGGACCUGAUAGAGACUGAGACCGCCUAUGUAGCCGAGCUGGGCAAGAUCAUCCGGAAAGUCGCCGCGGCCUGGAGCAGAACGAACUUCCCUCCUCCUGAAUUGGACACCAUGUUCCGGAAUAUCGAGGCUAUCUACCGAGUGAACAGAUCGUUCCUGAAAUCGCUCAAAGAGAUUGGACCUAGUCCGUCUUCUCCUCGUGCUCUUGGUGAUCUUUUGAUGCGGUGGAUCGAUGACUUGGAAGUGCCAUACGCGCGGUACUGCGAGAACUACUUUGCAGGUUUUGACAAUUGGUCUAGUGUACAGAAGAACACGAAGCUGCCGGAGCUGCUCGGGGAGAUCUCAUCGUCCACGAAUGCAGACGGUACACCAGUGGUCUUUUCGGACAGGAAGCGGUCACCCAGCGAGGUGUGGACAUUGGAUUCCCUCUUCGCAUUGCCCGAGAUUAGGCUCAAGUACUACAAGAAGCUCUACUCGCGCCUUCUGAAGAGCACACAUCCGGGCAGGAGCGAUCACAAAUUGCUCGUCGGAGCCAAUGACAAGCUGGACGAGCUACUGGAAAAGUCGACGAAGAAGAUCAGCAUGGGAGUGUUGGAUCACUCUCCGGUGACUGCAACCUUCAAGAUAGAUAAGGUGCGGCCUGCCGAGCCCACCGCCAAGCCGACACCAGCCACAUCGUCCGCGUCCUCCACCAGCUACACCGCCGUCGGAACCGCUUCAACGCAGCCUGGGAACAGUCUGGCGGCCAAGCUCGGCAAGCUCGAUUUCUCCAACACUUCACUGGCCAACCUGGAUGUCCCUUCGACACCUGGCGGCGCUGAGGCGCCUCUGAGUCCACUUAUGAUUGGGCAACAGGUUCGUCCGCCGCCAUUGAUGACAUCAGCACCUUCGGAGUCUUCUCCUGGCACGCAAUCCGAGACUGUCUCACCUGUCAGCACCGUCGGUCUCUAUCCUGCGGAUGAUCUGGAACGGACGCUCGCUGUGGACAGGGUGCUUGACAUAUUCUCCAUGAAGCCAAAGAAGUGCCAGCUGAGAAUCAAUCCUCCGACUCUGCCAUUCAAGCGAGAACUGAGGAGGUCGGCAGACGUUGUGAUUGACUUUGUUCCGCUGUCAACCGGUCAAGAGACGACAUGGCGCAGAGGUCACAUCUACCUCCUCACCGAUCUGUUCUUGGUCUGCGAUCGAAUGACGCCUAGUGAGAGAAGCGAGAGGAACUUGGGUCCAGAAGCAAUGUGGUUGCUCUUCCCUCCCCUGGCCGGCAAGCACCUGAAGGUGGUCGACGCGGCUGGCCCUGGCAAUGCGCUCCUGAUCACCAUUCUGAAGAAAGAGACCCUGAAGGUACACAUGACUUCGAGGGAGGAGAAGGAAACUUGGCUCGCCGCUUUCGAGGACUGCCAUACCUUUGCUUCGAAUCUGGCACCAAAGGUGCAAAUUCCAGGAGCUUCAGGUCCUUCACCUCUUGGCGGUGCCCCAAUCCAGGCAGGGCCCGCUCUCAUCAAAGGACUCGGCCUGUCUUCUCCAGAGAUAGGGAGUCCAGGGCCAGGCGCAUUGGUGCCAGGAAGCUGGCCAAAUCUGCAAGGGGCACAGCAACAGCAGCAGCAGGACUUCCGUCUUGCGGCCCCUUCGACGCCCGCCUUUGGCAGAGCCGGACCUUCACAAUCAACGUCUCCUCCUCACAGUGCUGGCUCUAUGGAAGGUGCACGUGGCUUGUCAAGCUCAAGCGUGCCGGGUCUUGCCCGUGUUGCAUCGCCCAUCUCGACGUCUGAUGCCUCGUUGUCGUCUGCACCAAAUGGAGGGGGGAGCUCCAUCUUCGGACGUCCUUUUAUGGGUGGACCACCGAUGAGGCCAGCGCCUAUGGGACCUCCUCAUCCUCCUUCAUCUUCCUCCUCAGGGCGAUCAAUGAACGGUGGCCCCUUCCCACCUGCGCCGAUCCCCAAGAGUUCCCCUCAUCUGGGGGGCCCUAACGUGAAUGGUGGGAUGAUGAUGCGACCACCGCUUCCCCCGCCUGGAAAGGCCCACAGUCUCAUGGACGGGAACCUGGGCCCGCCCAGAUUGAACCCCUCGCCUAUGGGCAGCCGCUCAGACACGCCGCUUUCGAUGGCCGGCGGAAGGGCAUCUCCCUUCCCUGGCCCACAAGGCCCACGAGCGGGAGGACCGGGGGCAUCGGGAUCGCCCCCCAAGGCCCUGGGUAUGGGAGGACAGCUCUCGGCCCCGCAGCAUCGAGAGCCAUCGCGCCAUCCUUCAGCUCCCAAUCUUCGCGAGCAGGCCAGGAAUGCUGCCAAUGCACCAGUCGCUCGAACUCGUUCAGCAUCGAGUGGAAAGAGUGGUGGCGGCUACAAGCUCCCUUCUGAGAUGAUGAGGGAUGGAGAUCUCAAGGGUACUCCGGACUACAGUCCACCCAGCAGUCCUGUCUUGAAGCCUACGGGACCUACCACUUCUACCGUUUCGGCACAGAUGAGGUGUCGACUGUACAUCAAGCAGAGCCAUGCGCAGUGGAAGUCCCUCGGCAACGCCCGACUGAAGCUGUACCACCUCCUCCCCGCUGAUGAGCGUCAGCUAGUGGUGGAAAACGACCGCAAGACGCUCGUCUCGACGAUUAUUCUGCCCGAUGGUGUAGAGAGGGUGGGCAAGGUGGGCGUGGCAGUGGAGAUUAGCGAUGCAGGCAAGCACACUGGUAUCAUCUACAUGCUCCAGAUGAGGAGCGAGGAGAGUGCUCAAGGUCUCUUUGGUGAGCUCAUCGACGGUAGUGGACGGACAAUUGCGGUCUAG